CCAAAACCUUCCCUGAAAAUUAACAAAUAUGCUUUCUUCUACGCUUCCCAAAUUCUCUAUAACUCCUCCACCUCCCCGGAUCACCACUUUCCGGCCACCGUUCAUCUCCAACAGCACAACCACUACUUACAAACAAAGAUCGUCCAAUCUUUACAUAAAUCCCCAAAGAAUGACAUCUUCCUUGUACGAGGUUCUUGGGAUUCCAAUCGGAGCUUCAAACCAAGAAAUCAAAUCAGCUUAUAGAAGAUUAGCAAGGACUUGCCAUCCUGACGUUGCCACCUUGGAUCGGAAAGACACUUCAGCCGAUGAGUUUAUGAAGAUACAUGCUGCUUACUCUACUUUAUCUGAUCCUCAGAAACGCGCUGUUUAUGAUCUCAAGCUUGUUACAAAGAACCGGCCGUUGACUGUGAGUUAUUCCGGUGGUUAUCGUGGCCGGAGUUGGGAGACGGAUCAGUGCUGGUAGCCCAGUUGAAUACACGACGAAAAAAUCAGCGACUAUAUUUUCAGAAAUUGCAGGCCCGAACACCCUGUAAGUUAUUCCUGAAUGCACAGAUUGGACAUGAAAUACGUAGUGGAACUGGCUAGGCAAUGUCGAGUUGGUCCAGCUAUCAAUGAUGAAGACUGUAAAUAUUACUAAGAUGUGCUAACUAGAGCCAGCAGCUUGAUAUGGAACUGAAGUUUCCGAUCAGUACUGAGUUUGCUAAUAUACCUAAUACGUACUCUGGUUAGUGUAUAUGCGGUCAGGCCGGCGUGAUUUUGUGCCGGUGAUCGAUGCUGAAAAGUAAAAAAAGAAACAUAUGUAAUUUGUAGCAGGCAUUCAGCUUGAAUGAUAUACAAUCUUAUACAAUAUUAUAUAUGUUUUCUA